ACAGGAGAAGCCACAUGUGGCCCCGCCUCCGUGUCCUGUGUAGUGAGGUGGUGUCUGUAAUGCGCAUGUCCGCAGUCAGUGGAGUGUCAUGGCGGCGGUCAGAGUGCGGCUGUACUGUGUGUGUCUCUUGCUGGCUCUGAGCCUCACAGCGGCCGCGGAGGAGAAGAGGAGGAAGAAGAAAGAUAUUCGGGAUUACAAUGACGCUGACAUGGCGAGGCUGCUGGAGCAGUGGGAGGAAGAUGAUGACAUUGAAGAAGGAGACUUGCCUGAACACAAGAGAAAACCUGCCCCAGUGGACUUCUCAAAGCUUGACCCUUCGAAGCCAGAGAGCAUUUUGCAGAUGACCAAGAAGGGCAAGACUAUAAUGAUCUUCGCCACUGUAUCUGGAAACCCGACAGAGAAGGAAACGGAAGAGAUCACAAGCUUGUGGCAGGGCAGCCUGUUCAAUGCCAACUAUGACAUUCAGAGGUUUAUUGUGGGAGCUAACAGAGUGAUCUUCAUGCUGCGUGAUGGUGCCUACUCCUGGGAGGUGAAAGACUUCCUUGUCAAUCAGGACAGGUGUGCAGAUGUGACACUGGAAGGACAAGUUUACCCGGGCAAAGGAGGAGAUGGUAGUACCAAAGGCAAAAACCUCAGCAAACCGGAGAAAAAGAAGAAAAGUGACAGCACGAAGUCCAAGUCCUCCUCAGAAACUAACAGAGCGUCUACUGCCAAGGAAGAUUUAUGACAGAGCUCUGAUGUUCAGCAGUAAGGACAGCUAUGCUUUUCUACAGUAACCGUGCAGGGACAACAUCUGUGGAACAACGUGAACAGGUCUCAUCUGGCUGGUUAUUCCGAAUCUUCAUGUGCCCAUAUCUCCCCAUAACUUACAUUGUCUGGUUCUUGUACGUUAUUCUCACUACAACAGGCUAGAAAAUGUACCCAGUGUGUAGCCAUCUGUAUACACCAUGCGCUACUCAGUUUUUAUGACGGACUCAAAUGGGGAGAUGUAAAAAUCAGUUGUGAAUGCCAACCUGUUGGAUAGCAUCCAAAAAUGCCUCCUAAAUUUGUAAUGACAUUUGGUGAGCCAGAAGUAGAUCCAAGAAACAUAGGAAAUAUAAAGGAAUUACUUCUACUUUUUUUUUUUUUUUCUUUUUUUUUUUUUUCUUUUUUUUUUUUCCCUGCACUUACUUCCUUUUGAAAAAAAAAAACUACUGCACAAAAAAAACUGCAGUGUAAACCUAGAUUUUUGGGUAAAAUGACUGACGUCAUUACAAAGUAGAAUUGGUGGUGCAAAAAAUAAGCCAUCAUAUGGAUUUUUAGGUGCAAAAUUAAGUUAUGAUUUUCUAAAGGUAAUGAGGAAAAAAUGAAAAUGCAAAAAACGGAAAAACCCCGGGUUCUUAAGGGGUUAAAGGGGUACUCCGGUGGAAAACUUUAAUUUUUUUUUUUUUUUUAAUCAACUGGUGACAGAAAGUUAAACAGACUUGUAAAUUACUUCUAUUUAAAAAUCUUAAUCCUUCCAGUAUUUAUCAGCUGCUGUAUAACACAGAGGAAGUUCAUUUCUUUUUUUUGAAUUUUUCUUUUGUGUCUGACCCCCGUGCUCUCUGCUGACACCUCUGUCUGUGUCAGGAACUGUCCAGAGCAGGAACAAUUUUCCAUAGCAAACCUCUCCUGCUCUGGACAGUUCCUGACACGGACAGAGGUGUCAGCAGAGAGCACUGUGUUCUGACAGAAAAUAAAUUCGAAAAUAACUUCCUCUGAAUUAUACAGCCGCUAAGUACUGGAAGGAAUUUUUUAAUAGAAGGCAUUUACAAAUCUGUUUAACUUUCUGUCACCAGUUGAUUUAAAACUUUUUUUUUAUUUUUUUUUCAACGAGUACCUCUUUAAGGGCUCAUUCACACCACCGGAUUUACUUUCAAACUCGCGGCAUGUUUCCAACUGCGAGUUUGAAAGGGGGUGGGCUGUCCAGAGCAGAUUUUCGGCAGCAGAUUUCCGCUGUUGAAAAUCUGCUGCAGACACUAUUACAGUGUUUCCCAACCAGGGUGCCUCCAGCUGUUACAAAACUACAACUCCCAGCAUGCCCGGACAGCCAACGGCUGUCCGGGCAUGCUGGAAGAUGUAGUUUUGCAAAAGGUGGAGGCACCCUGGUUGGUAAACAAUGCCCUACUGACUUUAAUGCGGUCUGGGGUUGAUUUUGCGGAGUGGAGAUUCCGCUGCCGAAUAUUUGCCAUGAAGAGCUCACCCCCUUUCAAACUUGCAGCGGGAAAUAAGCUACUAAUUUAAAAGUAAAUCCGAUUGUGUGAACGUUAAACUGUAUGUCAGCACAGUCUGGAUACCUUUAGACACGAAUUAGACAGUUAAUGGGUAGAGGAAUCAAUAGGUAACAUCAGGACAAUGUCUAAUCUGCUAGUGACACAGCUGAUCGCUCCCCGCACUACGAGUUACAGGCUAGGCAGGAUGGUCCAGUUUAAGUGCUGCAUUUUAAGUUUUUCGGAAAUAGUCUGGUCUGAUUUAUUUGCGUGAAACUUUUAUAUUGUAUUUUGAGUAUUCUUUUAGUAAUAAUUCCUAAUUUCAAAGUUGUAAUGAUGGCAACGGAAAGUCUUCCUCAGUAUUAUUGUACCUGAUCUAUUGUACAGCGUGUCCAGAUAUUUCCCAUUUACAGACAAUGGUUUUAUAUAUAUAUAUAGUGCCAUUGAGCUACACUCAGAGUAAUCCAUCUUUUUAUUUUCUUGGUACGAAUUACUUUCACAAAUGUGAUAACUGUAUUAAUAACAUAAUAUUUUCCAUUUCUGUGUCACUGAUCA